AUGGAUUGCUCCACACCCCAAUUUGUCAUUUCAAGUGAUCAUGAGGAUCAGAAGAGUGAUAUUAGCGUCGAUUCCACCGCAUCCAAAGCUCCUUCUCCGGUCUCGUCAUCGAACUGUGAUGAGUACCUAAAGAUUGCAUCUGAUCAAAGUACAACUAUUUUGCUGGAAUUGGACAUGAACGGUAGAGUCCGCUACCUUAGUAAGAUAUGGGAGAAGAUAGUGGGCACAAAAUGUAGAAGUAUUAUUGAACGGCCUAUAUUUGAUGUAAUACUGGGAACGGAUCAAGACAAAUCUGUGUUCCAACGAGCAUUAGACAUGAUGAUUCGCGAUGAUAACAGCUAUAGAGUGCGCUUUAUUGUUGAGACAAAUGAUAUCACAUCGGAUAUCUCUAGUGAGGAAGAUGAGAGAGCGGUAAAUAGUCAGGAUAGCUCAUCUCCGGGCAGUGUAGAAACGAAGCACUGCGGACCUCUUUCGACAAACGGAGAGGUCAUAGAACUAGAGGCUCAAGGGAUACUUUUGCAUGACAAUUUUACAAAUCUACCAUCACACUCAAUGUGGAUUGUAAAGCCGCUUUGUGAGAUUGAUGAACUUGACAAUUUACCUUUAGACUUCGUGCAAAGAUUAGGAUUUGGCGCUAGCAUCUUUUCCCAGUAUUUAGCUGAGAUUGAAGACGAGAUGAUUCUGGAUGAACAGCAUCUGCCAAACCCAAAGAAUGAGUUAUGUAGAGUUUGCGAAUCACUAGUACCUGCAUGGUGGCUGGAAACUCAUUCCGAACUAUGCAUAUUCGAACAUAAGAUCGAGAGUGCUGCUCAAAUACUACAUGAUGAAUUGAUUGAACAAAAGCAUUUGAUAGAAGAAAUAACGUCUUCAAUUGAGUCAAAUAAUGGACGAAUUACUCAUUAUAAGGGACUUCCCCUUCCUCAAUUGGUUGAAAAUUUCAAGGCAGGCCAAAGUUCAUCUACAUCUCCGUCUAGUUCAUCGUCUGAAUCUUCCAAUCCUUUCAAAACACUUACACAACCAAGGAAAAAUUCGAACUCCAUUUUUCAAAGCUUGAGAUUCCCUUUCAAAUCGCUAGCCUUGCUAGAAGAGCUGUGUGAUGACGCCAUUAACAUCAAUGUUAGCGAAUUGAAAUGUAAUCCAGAAGAUGGAAGUUAUCAACCACCAAGAGACGAUGCAAUCUAUUCAUUCUCCCCUAGAAGUCAACAGAACAUUGAACAGGUAAGAAAUUGGCAUACAAGAUUUGAAGUAUCAGAUCCAGCCAUUAGUUUGUUAACCACAGAUACUCUUGAUCUUGCAAAAAAGAAGGUCGAGACCUUAAUAAGGCUUGACAAUGCAAUGAAAUACUCAUUUAAGAUAAAAAAUGAGGUCGAUAAUUAUGUUUUACAGCUGAUUAAGGAGAAACUCGAAAGUAAUGCAAUGAACCUAGCUCAUGCAUUAGAAAGUAGUUCCCAAGUACAACGAACGCCUGAGAAGGGCUCAAGAGUGUCAACGAGUUUAGGUGCCACUGCCUCAAGAAUUGCUUCCCCGUUACCGAAAAGAGCCCAAAGCGGAAUCUUCGCAGACUCUUACAUUGGCACAGAUACAAUUCCUGCACCACCGCCUGCAAAUGCUGAUGAAGACACUGCCAUCGCUAAUGCUAGCGAGUCGACCUCAAGAUCAUUUUCACGUUCCAUUACACCAAGGCAGAGGUUUGAAGGUUCGCCAAUAUUGCCAGAUACUACAGCAGCAGGCCGUACUUCUAAUUCCAGUCCUUCUGUAGGAACUCCGAAAUGUAUUGGCACUGGAGGUGGGAGCCUCCCCAAGUUGUCUGCCACUGGUGGACUUACUCCUCGAAAGGGCUCCCCGUUAUCUUCGAUUGGAUUUAAUACUCCAUUAUCAUCCGUACAAAAAAACAGCACUUCUAAGCAGCCUUUGUCAGCGCUCGAAAAGUCUCCCAUGACCUCACCGUUUGCUAUAUCGUCCGAUUAUCUCACGCCUGAAUUACAUUCAAAUGCAUCCAUUCCUAGACAACCACUCUCUCCUCUGUUACUUGCUACUAAUCAGGCUAAGGCUCCGGCCCCAAGUAUUAAAGACUAUGACAUAAUAAAACCGAUAAGUAAAGGUGCUUACGGUAGUGUUUAUUUGGCGAAGAGAAGGUUGACAGGUGAAUAUUUUGCAAUUAAAGUAUUGAAGAAAUCUGAUAUGAUCGCAAAGAAUCAAGUAACGAACGUCAAAUCAGAACGUGCCAUUAUGAUGGUUCAAAGUAAUAAAUCCUACGUCGCAAAACUAUAUGCUACUUUCCAAAACAAAGGAAAUUUAUUCUUGGUAAUGGAAUACCUGAGUGGUGGUGAUCUCGCAAUUCUUUUGAAAAUGAUGGGCCAUCUGCCUGAUCAAUGGGCAAAACAAUAUAUUAGUGAGGUUAUCUACGGGGUUGACGAUAUGCAUAGUAAUGGCAUAAUCCAUCACGAUUUAAAACCCGAUAACCUCCUAAUUGAUGCAGAAGGUCAUGUCAAAUUGACCGAUUUUGGUCUUUCUCGAAUGGGACUAGUACGGCGACAUAAGGGGACUUCCUCAAAGUCUAAAUUUUUGUCCAGCCGUCACAACAGUGUCACGUCGGAUGAUAUGAACUCGGCUAAUUCUCUCAAGUGGAACUCAAAGACAGACUCACCCACUCUCAAUCUCAGUUUAGAACCUCCUUUAAAGAAAACGGAAAGAUCGAGCUCGAGUUCCAGCUUCCAGUCUUCUUUAGAAAUUCCAGCAUUACAUAGAUCGGGGUCACAAGUUUCUUUCUCGAUGAUGGACGUUUCAAGAUCUGGUACUCCUCCACCCGCUUCUUUUCAUAAGAGGAACAGUUCUAGUAUUUCAGAGUUUCUUGAUGGCAGUUCAACCCCUGAUUACGCUCUGUUUAAUCCCGAUGAUUCAAAGAGCGGAAAGAAAUUUUUUGGUACACCUGAUUACUUAGCACCUGAAACUAUAGAGGGUACUGGAGAAACAAACGCAUCAGAUUGGUGGUCUGUUGGAUGUAUUUUGUUUGAGUUUCUGCUAGGAUACCCACCCUUCCAUGCAAACACACCUGAAGGAGUUUUUGGUAACAUAUUGAGCGGGAAAAUUGAUUGGCCAACUUUCCCUGAUGAAGAAACCGAAAGAGAAUACUUACCGGAGGAUGCCAAAGACUUGAUUUCGAAGCUUUUGGUUGUAGAUCCAGAUGAAAGACUAGGUGCCAACGGUGCCGAGGAGAUACGGAAUCAUGCUUAUUUUAAGGGAGUAGACUGGGUGCACUUGUAUGAGGAAAAGGCGUCUUUUGUCCCUGCGGUAGAGCAUCCCGAAAGUACUGAUUACUUUGAUUUACGCGGGGCAGUUUUGGAAGAUUUCAGCGAUUCUGAUGAGGAACAACCACAUGUUUCAGGGAUACUUAAUCCAGGAGGCGAAGAGAUUACAAGACGACUCACAAAUAAUCAUAGCAGUGAAUCAAGCACCCCAGUUCAACGUCUGACAAUAGCUUCAGUUCUUGAAUCAGCAUCACAGGAAAGCAACAGUAACAAUGGCUCUCCGACAACGAGGCAUAUUCCAUUAGCCAUUCCUCCACACUUGCGUGAGAGGCGUGUAAGCAAAUUAAACGAGUUCCAAACAGAGUUCGGUUCUUUCAACUUCAGGAAUCUUCCUGCCCUAGAUAAAGCCAACAAAGACGCAAUAAACCGACUCAAGAGUGAACAUUUAGCGGAGCAGGUACAUCACCUUCAACGCAGCUCAACAGGGUCUUUAUCUAGUUCAUCUUCUGAUGUGUCCAAUAAGCUUAGAAGUGGAAGGUCAUUCAAUGGUGGUGGCUCACCAUCGAGUUUAGCUGGAAGAGGUUUGAAGGGUUCGCAUUCCCCAGGAUCAAAACACCAGUCACCCUGCAGAAAAAAUAGUUUGGAUAGUGGUACAUUAUCCAGAAGGAAUACGGGAGAGAAUAGUCCUCUGACACCAUCAUCAGCUUUAGAGGAAGGAGAUUCGCCGAAUAUAUUAUCGAAAUUCAGGUCACCACUUUCACCCCAAGCAAUUACUACAAGAAUCGGAAAACACUCAAGAACAUCAUCAAUGCGAUCAAGUGGGGGGGAACUGAGUGUUGAUGAGGAAGAAAGAAUGAAUGCCUUAUCGAAGGUUAAUAGCAUAAAGAGCAGGAGGAAAAGCGGUCGCAAAAGUUCGUCAGGCCUCAGUGAGAUGAGUUACGCCCUGGACAUACUCGUUUGUGAACCCAUUCCUAUACACAGGUACAAACUAGUGAAAGAUCUUGAAUCUUUGGGAUGUUCUAUUAUUAGUGUCGGAGCUGGAGAUGAAAUGGUUCGAAGGGCUACUAGUGGUGUUAAAUUCGAUAUGAUUUUUACUGCUCUCAAGUUACCGAAAUUGGGAGCAAUUGAUAUUGUAAAACUUCUGAGACACACAAAUAGCUUAAAUUCAAACACACCCAUAGUUGCAGUGACAGCCUUUUAUCAAGAAGCUCAAAACGCUGGCGUAUUUGAUGAAGUUCUUGAGAGGCCUGUUGCAAUAGAUCAUCUGAGAGAAGUACUAUUAAGAUACACUAUAAAAAAGAGCCAAGAAAACGAUGAACCAUUGAGUAGUGAUACCGAUACAGAAUCAGCUUUCGCCAAGAUCUCGUAG